AUGGAUAUUUACGUACGUGUUAGGUCAAGCAUAAUGUCCUGGAAAAAUGACACACCCCUCCCAGCCGACGUGCCAGAUCCAAAAUUCCAGUCCUGGCACCAGUUCGAUCCCAACUCCCAGCAGUGGGAUCCAGUGGAUGCAAAUGAAGAUGCAGAGUCACAGCGCGCCGAGGAUACAUCAUCCGAUAUGGUGCUCUUGACCUGGAAUAUUGACGCAUUAUCCGAUGGGACACAAGAACGCGUCACAGAAAUUCUCACAUUCAUUACUCACCUGGAAUCCAAAGUGGACAUCAUAUUUCUCCAAGAAGUUUCGCAGCGGGGCUUGCGACUGAUUUUGAGCGAUGAGCGCAUUCGCGGAUCGUGGUUCUCAAGCGCGCACGAGAACACCCCAUGCAGAAACUCGUUCACGACAAUGACCUUGGUAUCCAAGACGCGCUUUGGAUCGCGACACGGCUCGGAGACGAGCAGGUUUGCUCUAGGGCCUGUUUGGAGGGUGGCGUUCCCUAGCCACUUUGGAAGAGAUGCACUAUUUUGUGAUCUGUUCGUCCCUUCACCUACAGACGCUUCUUCUACUACCCGGGUACGAUUUGCAAACGUCCAUCUGGAUUCUCUGGCUAUCAAACCUUCCCACCGGCCCCGGCAACUCGCUAUUGUUUCCUCUUUUUUGCGUAGUGCAGGCCGUGGGCUGGUUGCUGGUGACUUCAACCCGGUUCUGGAUGAAGAUGCCGUCCUCGUGGAGACCAAUGGUCUUACAGAUGCCUGGACAGCUCUUCGUCCUGGGGAACCAGGUUACACAUGGGGAGCGGAUGGGAAGCAGCGAUUUCCGCCAAAUCGGAUGGACAAAGUCGCGCUGCUCGGUCUCAAAGCACGUAAAAUUGAGAUACUCGAGGCUCAACAAGUGGGCGAGUUGGAUGGACAAGAGCACACUCAAAGUGACACGGAUAUCCUCGAGUCCCAGCAGACUCAGCCCGAAGUAACACUCUGGAGCGACCACCAUGCUUUGCUUUGCUCUUUUGGACUCGGAGAGUGA